AAAAUUUAAUUAGUAACAAUUUUGUUCUUAACUUUUAUCAGGAGUAUUAAUUUCCGCCCCUUUAUUAAAAAUUCGAAUAGAAUUCGCGAUCAAAAUCAGGAAACGUUAAAAUACCAACGAUAAUAAUAAUUCAUUCUAAUGCGAAUCUAUUAUUGAUUAAAUCCCACCAACGCGUCCGGCACAGUUUUCAAAAUACAGUAUCGGACAGUUACGUCAAACGUUGUCGGUUUAUUGUGCGUUUGGGUUUAUUUAAGCGGCGAAAAAUGGCCGAUCCGGUGGAGCCUCCCCCUUUGUUCGAGAAUGUGAAUAUUAACAAUGAAGAGGAAGAGGAUGACGUCUUUGCGUCCGCUAUGCAGGAUCAUCCUCCUGUAUUAUCCUUAGAAGAAGAGGACGUUCAAGAUGUUAUUAAUGGAGAAGAAAUUCGUAAAAUGAAAAUGUCCGAAACGAGAUCUGAAAUGGAAACUGUGCCAAUUAGUGAUGAUGUUAUUAUAGAUACACCAACAAUGGAAGAAGUUGAAGCUGUAAAUAUGAUGAUUGAUGGUGAACAAUUUAUUAAUAUUACAAUUACGGAGCCUCAAAAGAUCGGGGAAGGAAUGGGGUCUUAUCUUGCUUAUCGUGUGUGCACCACUACGAAUAUGAGGGUGUUUAAGAAGAAAAAUUUUGAAGUUUUGAGGCGUUUUAGUGACUUUUUAGGGUUGCACGAUAAAUUAACUGAGAAAUAUCUUAAAGUUGGACGAAUUAUUCCUCCGGCUCCGGAAAAAAGUGUUAUUGGAAACGCAAAAAUUAAAAUGUCAAGUCAACCCGAAGGUGGUACAGUAAAUGGAAACGAUUUUGUCGAAAGACGCCGUGCUUCUCUUGAAAGAUAUCUUCGCCGAACUGCUCAACAUCCAGUUCUCGUUCUCGAUCCAGAUUUUAGGGAAUUUUUAGAAUCCGAUGUUGAGCUUCCAAAAGCAACAAGCACCUCAGCUUUAAGUGGAGCUGGAGUUAUGCGCCUUUUUAAUAAAGUUGGUGAAACAGUGAAUAAAAUCACUUAUAAAAUGGAUGAAACAGAUCCAUGGUUUGAAGAAAAAUUAGCGCACGUCGAAGCUUUUGAAACUCAACUCCGCAAACUUCAUACAAGCAUCGAAUCAAUGGUAACAUAUCGUAAAGAACUCGCAAAUUUAACAAACGGCGUAGCUCGAUCCGCCGCGAUGUUAUCAGCUUGCGAAGAUCACAAUUCUUUAUCAAGGGCUUUAUCUCAACUUGCUGAUACUGAGGAGAAAGUUGAAGCUCUUCACGUCGAACAAGCCAAUACGGAUUUCUUUAUUUUAUGCGAACUUUUAAAGGAUUAUUUGGGCCUAUUGGGUGCUGUUAGGGAUGCGUUUCACGAACGAACAAAAUUGUUCCAACAUUGGGAACAUUCGAAACAAAUGUUAACUAAGAAACGCGAAGCUAAGGCUAAAUAUCAAAUUAAUAAUAGAAUGGAUAAGAUUGAUCAAGCUGGACAGGAAGUUUUAGAGUGGGAGUCGAAAGUUGAGCGUGGUAAAGAAAAUUUCGAACGAAUAUCAAAGAUGAUUAAGAUUGAAAUGGAUCGAUUUGAGAGGUGUCGUAUUAAUGAAUUUAAAACUACGUUUAUUAAGUAUCUUGAGAAUCAUAUGGAUCAUCAAGCUAAGAUGGUUAAAUAUUGGGAAACAUUUUUACCCGAGGCUAAAGCGAUUGCUUGACUAGACGAGAUCUACCGGGAAUAGCAACAACGACAUUCCAAUUGGAAGUUUCCUUUGCUGUGAGAUUAUUUUUACAGCUUGCCUCUUAAUGUUUUAUUUUAAACGAAAAAAAAA